ACUUAAUUAAAAAAAUAUUAAGUAAAGAUUAUUUAAUUUAAACUCUGCAAUUCUUUAAUCCUAUCAGCAGGGGGCGCUGUAGAGCUGUGUGCUUAAAUUUUGAUUCCUAAAAUAGUAAAAACUGAAUUAAUAUGAAUGAUUUAAACAGUAUGAACAGCCUGGUGGAGAUGAUCUUCGAGGUCUUUAGGCUGUUCUGCUCUGGGUACCGUCAGAUCCAUCAGAUCCAUCAGAUCCAGCUGAUCCAGAGCUCUGGACUGAUCUUCAGUUUUCUCCAGUUCAGCCAGUCGAGCUGAGAUGAAUCCAGCAGUUCAGCAGCAGCACCGGAGUAAAGAGCUGAACACAUAAAAAACAACUGUGAUCUGAUGGUACCAGUUCAGCUAGUAUUACAGUUAGUGUGUGUGUGUGUGUGCUGAGAAGUGUGACAGGCUCUGUGACAGAUUUACACUAAUCACCUGUAGUAGAACACACACACACACACACACACACACACACACCCACAGCCCACCCUUAUUACAUCCCUCACAGAGCGAGAGAGGGAGAGAGAAGAGAGGAUGAGAGAGUGAGAAGGAGAGAACGGUUGUCAGUGGAGUUAAACUGAAAGGUUCUGCUGUUGAGGUUCUGCGGUUCUUAAUGGCUGAACUUUGAGGAGUGUUUUAGUGAGAGGAACACCAACACAGGUCCAGUCAUGGAUAUUGGUGGGCUGGAGACGGUGGUGGCCAACUCGGCCUAUGUGUCGGCCCGUGGGAGUGUUGACGCCACCGCCGCCGCAACUAUGCGGGACAAGAAGUACCGAGCCAAGCUGAUCCUGCCCCACAUCAGGGAGUGUGAACACAUGAAGACCACGGUGGACUCGGCCUUCGACAGCAUGUGCGUCCGCCAGCCCAUCGGCAAGCGCCUCUUCCAGCAGUACCUGGCCAGCGAGGCAGCCCACAAAAAUUCUGAAGAGUUCUGGAAGGACGUGGAAGAAUACCUCAUGGCCCAGGAGCAGGACCGUGCACAGAAAGCCCAGAAAAUGGUCAACAAGUACUUUGAAUCCAGCUCCAAGACCUUCUGCAGCUUCCUGGAGGAGAAGGCCAUCAGCAGAGUAAAGGAGGACCUCAAGAACACCCGAGGAGACCUUUUUAAAGAGAGUGAGCAGCUGCUGCUGAAGCACCUGGAGGCUAAAGCGCUGGCUGGCUUUAAGAGCAGCAUGUACUUCCUGCGCUACGUCCAGUUUAAGUGGCUGGAGGGCCAGUCGGUCACAGAGGACUGGUUCAUGGAGUUUCGUGUGCUGGGAAAAGGGGGGUUUGGGGAGGUCCACGCCUGCCAGAUGAAGGCCACGGGAAAGAUGUACGCCAACAAAAAGCUAAACAAGAAAAGGUUGAAGAAACGUAAAGGUUAUGAUGGGGCGAUGAUUGAGAAGCGGAUCUUGGCGAAAGUCCACAGCCGCUUUAUCGUCACGCUGGCCUAUGCCUUCCAGACCAAGACUGACCUCUGCCUGGUGAUGACCAUCAUGAACGGAGGAGACCUCAGGUAUCACAUGUACAACGUAGACGAGAAGAACCCAGGCUUUAAUGAGACGCGAGCUUGUUUUUACACCGCCCAGAUCAUCUGCGGCCUGGAGCACCUCCACCAGCAUCGUAUCGUCUACAGAGACCUUAAACCAGAGAACGUCCUGCUGGAUGAUGCAGGACAUGUCCGUCUGUCAGAUCUUGGUUUGGCUGUGGAGAUUUUGCCUGGAAAAGAUAAAACUACUGGAUACGCCGGAACACCAGGGUUCAUGGCUCCAGAGUUGCUGCAGCAGAAGGAGUAUGAUUACAGUGUUGAUUAUUUUACUCUGGGAGUGACGCUGUAUGAGAUGGUGGCGGCUAAGGGACCGUUCAGAGUUCGAGGGGAACAGGUGGAGAACACGGAAGUGACCCGGCGGAUCCUGAGCGACCCGGUGUCGUAUCCCCCCUCCUUCAGUACAGAGCUGAAGAAUAUCUGCGAGGGACUGAUGGAGAAAGAUCCAGAGAAACGACUCGGCUUCAAAAACAACGACUGCUCUGAGCUGAAGAACCACACCUACUUUAAGGAGCUGAACUGGGGCCGGCUGGAGGCGGGAAUGCUGCCCCCACCAUUUGUCCCAGACCCAAAGAUGGUGUACGCUAAGAACAUAGACGACGUGGGGGCAUUCAGCACGGUGAAGGGCGUGGUCAUCGACACUAAAGAUAACGAGUUUUAUGACGAGUUCUCCUCGGGGAACAUCCCGAUCCCCUGGCAAGAGGAGAUGAUCGAGACCGGGGUGUUCGGAGAAAUGAACGUCUGGGGAGAAAAUGGAAAACUGCCCCGAGACCUCGACCCCAACUUCGUAGAGGCUAAAGGAGGGGGGUGUGUCCUAUUGUGAGAAAAGAGGGAGGGAGAGAGAGAGAGAGAGAGAGAGAGAGAGAGAGAGAGAGAAAGAGAAAGAGUGUGUAUCAGGGCUUUAUCUGAUCGUUUUUUAAUAAUUUACUAAACAACAUGAACUAGAGCGGAGUGUCUAGAACAUUCCUACCUGUUCGAUUUCUUAAAGACCCCCUGGAUGAGCCUAAAGACCAGUGAAAGAAAGAGGGUUCCUGAACUGUACCUUUAGCUAAAAGAAACAAGUGGUUUCCUGUGUAUUGCUAGAGUUCUCAUGGUACCUCAGGUUGUUGCUACGGGGUUGCUGAGUGGUUGAUUUGGCACCCCACAGGGCUGCUAGAACGCACAAACCUUUACCCAACAGGUCAAUCAAAAACAAUAACCGGAUUCCAGACAUGACUCGGACUUUACCCGGACUUUUCCUGGACCUUUAGCACAGAGUUCGGAUAAUGAGCUCCUGAGGGACAAUCAGGGCUGAGGGCCUCGAUCAAGGGUCCAACAGCUUGGUGAACCAGGGUAUCAAACCCACAACCUUUUGAUCAGUAACUCUGUUCUCUAAGUGUUUACGGCCCAAAAACCUGCACGACUCUCCAGAGAUUAAUAGAAUUACCUGCAUAUCUGAUCACACUUCAUAUCAGAACCAGAGAAUUCCAGCAUAUCAGGACCUGUCCCUCAGGAGAGAGAGGAGGAGCGCUGGGGACACAGAGGGAA